AUGGUUCAGCUUUCUGAGGAGACCAAGGAACGUGUUUCCAAGGUCAUUGAUAUUUCCCGCGUCGCCAUUCACUACGGCUAUCUGCCUCUCAUUAUCUACCUUGGCUAUUCAUACAGCGAGCCCAAGCCUUCUCUGUUCAAGUAUGUUCGAUCCGAUCCUACGCGAGCUAGCCUCGAACCUUCUCCCUCUCCCGCAAUUCGGCAAGUCACCUUGUGA